AUGAAUAAUUCAGUUAUAUUUGUAAUUAACUGUCUGCUGAUAGCGAGCAGUGUGCGGGCAGCCAUUGAGGAUUUUAUGAUAGAAGUCGAACCAGAAGCGAAUAUGGUACUGGGCGAGCCCAAUAAUGAAUUAGGCUGGGGCUGUCCAGCGGAUGUGGACCAGCAGCCGCAGAUGUCCUUACAAGAUAUGGAAUAUGAUGAAAAUGUUGAUCCACAGCUGCUGCUCAGAGCGCUCAUGCAGCAUGCCCAAAGUCUGGGCAUUAAUCUGGAGCAAUUGGGCAAGUACAAAGUUCAAUCUAAUCUUGGAGAGGAUGACUUAUUUGCCACCGCCCCGGAGGCUGGCUGUAGUCCAACCAAUUCGCUUAGCUAUCGGGAGCAGCCCAGCUGGUAUGAUGUCUUCUUCAACUAG